UGUACACGUUUGAGUUGUUUUCUUGACUAUCGCCCCCAGUUCCGUCCGGAAGCUUCCGGCUUUCGAACAAUGUGAUAAGCGUGCAACAUAUCGACAAACCAUGUUAUCGGCGCCCCAAAGUGCGUCAUAUUAUCAGUAAUCAAGCGUUAUCCGUUAUCGUAAAAGGAGGCGUGCCCCAAUGCCCUAUAUCUUGGUGCGCGGCAAUUUGGCGGCCUACGGACAACGUUACCCUUGGCGAGUGCUCGUUUCAGGCCUCAAAGCCGCAGACAUCGAACAAUUAAACCGCUUCGCUUCUGGGGGCUACUGCGACGAUUGCACCAUUGUUUACAUGCAACACCCGUGUGUUAUCCUCACGGCUUUAGAGGUUUUGGGGUACAAAGUGGUGGCUUCGUCCUCUACGUCGGUCAAACAAGACUACAACGAGUACAUGUGGACAAUGCGCAAGGAUUUUUCCGAGCCAGAGCCCCCUGUUGGUGACGUGUCCGCCGCCGCUGAACUCAAAGAAGAUUAAUAAGUCAUAAGUACACAGUGUCAAAUCUUUUAGAUUAGAUUUAUAGUCAGUCGUGACUUGUGAUAUGGAGAUACCAGCAAGCUUA